AUGUUCUCCAAAUGCACUUAGAACAUGAGACUCAGGAAUCAAAUGAUUUUAAUAGUUUCUAUCUAAGCAUUCAUAAUUAUGUCCUAUGUUUUGGCAUACAAUAUGAUUCAUCUUUCUCUAUUAAAUGUAUAUUUUUCAGACACUUCCAACCAUUUGUAUAAGGAUAGUUCGAAUAGGAUUCAAUAAAAUAUAAUAAAAUUAUAUAGAAGCUACUUUGAUAAAGUCUUCUAUCUAAAUGGAAAUACCUUAAUCUCAUUUCACAGGUUGUAUCACCACACUAAAAAGUAAGUGGUGUUGUAAAAUAACCUCACAAUAAAUGAGCAAUUUUAAAUGCCGUAUGGUGGUAUAAACCCAAUCCCGGAUCCGCUUCGAAUAAUUAAAGGAUAUGGAAACUUUGAUAUUUCUUAUUGCUUUAUGUGUUAUUCAAACUUAAGUUCAUACAGUCAACCGAAAACUAUUGACGAAUUAGUGGGAAUAAAAAUGUAAGAAUAGGUUCAAGCUUACGGUUAAUUAUUGUACUAAGGGAAGGACAUCAACCAAUAUUUCUUUUAUUCCUAUAUUAAAAAGGAAAAAAUAACCUCCAUCUAUCCUUGCUUAAAUAGGGAAUAAGGAAUCUAUAGUUACAAACCAGAGUAACGAGAUUGGUAUAUUGAGUUGUAAAGGAAUUAUGAUUAAACUGAAAAUUACCAAAACUACAAUUACACUUUUACAACUCCUUUUAUGUUGUUUACGGAGAAAAAGAUUGGUUUGUCUAUGGCAAUGCCUAUUGUUGAUGAAUAAACUCAAUUGAUAGGCGGAGUGGGGUCAAUAUUCUUGGGAAAUGAAUUUGUUCAAGAGGUUGGGCAGAGUAAAUUCGGGUUUUAAAUAAUAUAUCUAAUUUCCAAUGAAGGCAUUAUGAUUAUGCAUCCUUACAAGGUGUCUAAUGAAUACCUCCCCUUGUACAUAUUCAACUAGACAAUUACUGGAUUCAAUUAAACUGAUUGGGAAGAGAUGAAAAAACAUAACGGAUCUUCAUCUUGCCCCAAUUUUGAUAUAUACAAUUCCUCUAUGUAAUGUCGAUAUAAUUCUGUGUAUAAUCAAGAGAUGAUUGUUGGUAUACAAGAAAUAGCUGAAUUCAAGAUGAUUUUAAUAACGUUGUUAAGUAGCCAAGAAUACUUGGAGUUCUAUUAUAAAUUUGAGUAGGAAUUGUCAGAAAGCUUGCAAGAAACUUUAUCCUUAAAUAUAACCACCUUAUUAGCAUUGCUGAUACUGGUAUGUCUCUGUAUUUAUGUUCUAAUUCAAGUUCUCUUUUAUCCAAUUUAUGUUGUGUAGGAAUAUGCAAAAAAUAUGAUCUCAUAAAAAAAGAAAAAGGACAAAACCAUUCCAAUAUUUAUUUAAAGAUUUAUGAGUAAUUAGGUUCGCUAAUUGCUCCAAACCUUUAAAUUUAUCGAAAACAAACUAGAGUUGUUAUCGUUUCGGAAAACAGAGCAAUGUGCAUAUUUUGAGAGUCUCCAAUUUCCGCAAAAGAGCAUAUCAUUCAAACUUCACCUAUAAUAAUAUCAGAAUUUUCUUACGAUUCACAAACUUAAAAAAAUAAAACUAUUGAAAAUGCAAACCGAUCAAAACUUCAAUCAAUCCAAUGCCUAAAUGUAGCAUAAGCUUUAUUUAAGGCAGAUUCUAUAGUUGGUUAAAAAAGCCAAUUUAUAUCAAUCCUCAUGA